UAUAAUGUAUAGAAUAAUAGAAAGAACAAGCCACUCUCGAAGACAGCAUUUUAUAUCCAAAGAUCAAGUUCUGUUGUAAAUUAAAAAAAGAGUUUUUUUUUAGAAGAAAAUAAAACAACAAAAAUUAUGUUCCCGCUUCUGUUCUCAAUAAAGAAAACUUCUAUUCCGAGGAGCCACGAAACAAGAACUGAAAUUAACUAUAUGUACACUACAAAACCAAAAUGUCAAGCUAAGGAAACGAGAAACAAUUAUUCUUCAAUGAAAAAAAGCACAUGUAUAAGAUACAUGUUCUUCAGAGAAGAACACCAUGAAGAAAGAAAAGAAAACGUCGAGCCACGCCAGGCAAUAUUGCUGCGUUAGAGAUAUCCUUGCCAAGAAGAAGAAGAGAAAGAGCAAGAUGCAAAAGUUACAUGUCCUGUAUCGAAAGAAGUACAUCGUGGAGAAACCAAGUCCGUUGGUCAAUCUGCCUAAGAAGACAACUACGCAUAUUAAAGCACUAAAAAAGGAAGAAAGUAGAAAUAAAAUCAACUUUCUCUUCUUCCUCCCCUCUUUUCAACCGAUACUUUCAAAAAACCAAAAACAGAGGAAAGGAAAAGACCGGAAGAUACACCUAAUCCUGUUCUCUUCUAUCAAGAAAAUCUUCUGCCGAAGCAAGCAAAAUAAGAAGAAGAAGAAAGAAGAGAAAACGCAAAACGAUACAAGUCCGUCCCAUCUUCUAUCGAGAAAACUUUCGUUCGAAGAAACCGGAGAAGAGAAAAUGCGAGAGACACGCGUCUAGCCUCGUCGAUCCUCCUCGAAGAAAAUUUCCAUACGAAUUGUACGAGAAAGAAAAGAGGAAAAUGCAACGAUCCAGAAGACACGUGUCAUCCCUCGCAGAGGGAACAUAACGAAGAAACGAAGAGCAGAAUUGCCUGUGCAAUAUCGCCAGACUCGAAAGAUGUACCGUGUAUUUUGAAAGUACGAGGCGACGUCGUAUCGAGUAUUUGGCCGUUUGUCAGUCCGCGUAAAUACGCGACAAUGCCCGCCCUUUGUGCGGCCCGUCUAUCGUCGAUGUUUGCCAAAUAAAAGCCUAUAUACGAGAGCCCUCUUUGUCUCUGUGUGUUUCGGCUACGCUCUCUCCCCCAUCGCCACGAAUGAUACGCCUUGUUGCCUAUGAAACUGCCGGCCGUGACCCCUUCGUUCCUCGUUGCACUGCUACAAAAGGGCAUCCAGUCGAAAGAGGGAGAGAGAAGCUAAUGAUGAUGCAAAGUAUUUCACGAUGGAACACGUGCGUACGCAACGACGACGACGGCGACGACGACGGCGACGGCCACGAUGAUCAACUAGGGGGUUGAAUCGAAACCGACAGCCAACAUACGCUUAUUUGGGGUGGCUGGUGCGUUUGCGGGACGAAUUGCUUGGAAUUGUUCGACUUGGAAAUGUUCCUCUUGACCAGCAGGUGAUCGUGCGCGAGAAGACACUCUGAAUGCUAUCUUUGUGCUACUUUUAGUCUUUUCUGAUUUUUAUGACUUUUGACAAGUACGUGAGAAAGAAUACAUUUCUGUUUUUUUUUUUUUUUUUUUUUUGGUGGUGGUUUAGGUUGUUGGUUUUAUUUUUAUCAUAUUUUGCGUGAAUUGAAAGUGACUACUUUAAACUGCAAUGGCAUGCUGUGGUUCUUUUUCGCAAUGUGCAAUACCAUCGAUCUCAUCGAUAAAGCUACCCUCGAUUAGUCCAAGAAUUCUGAAAUGACAACUCGUAAUCUUUAACUAUCACUGGGAUAUCUAACUCGAAGCUUUAUCAUUUGAUUCGAAUCAUUAAUCGAAUUCUAUCUCGAUGUUCUUAAUACGAUCGUCGAUCGGCAAAUCCUCAAAAGUUCUAAAUUUCAAGAUUCCAUUAGGGGCGAUUCUAAACGUUUAAUCGACAUUGUCGAGACAGGUAAAUCUUAACAAUAUCGCCACAAUAAAUCAAAAAUUGAAGCUCAUUUCAAACAUUCUGGAAACCUCAAAUUCUAUCAAAUUCCAUCUAACGAAAUGAAAAUUACCAGUCGAAUUCUACCUCGAUAUUCCUUAUACUAUCGAUCACCAAACAAGGAUUCCAAAUUCAAGAUAGCAAGUUCAAGAUCGCUCAAAUCCUAACAAUGCCGCCUUUCUAUAAAAUACGAAAAACCACGGAUCGAGUGCUUUCUCAGCAUCUCGGGAACGACACCAUCGCCACUUCUCAAUUGAAAACAAAUCGAAACCCUCAAACUAAUAGAACGUACACCACCGAUCGGACCUCGUUUCAAUAUUCCUCACAUCGCUGUCAAAUCAUCGAAUCCUCAGAAAUUCCUAAUUCUGGAUAGCAACGCCGAACUCCCAACCAACAUCCCUAAAACAGCUAAAUUUUAACAUUAGCGCACCGCCGCUCUGUAAGUUACUCAAACCACCAAUUCAACCCUCUCUAAACAUCCUGAAAACCACGCUCAUCGUCAAAUUGCCUAAUUGGAAAUUGAAAAUAAAUUGAAAGUAACAACGCCGAACUAAGAGAAUCUAAACAAGCGGUCGAGUCCUGUCUCGGCAUCCUCGAAACAGCACUUGCCAUCAAAUGCUCGACUGGAAAUUGAAAACAAAUUCAAGGUAACCACCCCGUGUGUUGCACGAGCAGUGUACGUCACUGUCGUGCGAUAUUGAUCUUCGGAAGCGUCGCGCAUCCGGUUGAGCACCACGGUCAACAUUCACCCUUUCCACUUCCCUACGUUCAGAGGCGGAUCCAGCAUGAACCAAUCGUCUUUGUUCCUCGGUCUCCCUUAGUUUGCUCGAAACGUCCCGCCUUCGACCCUUACCCUUCAGUCGAUGGUCUACGACCGAUAGGUGGGGAUGAUUUUCACUGUCGAUGCGGUGGCUGGAGUCAAAAAAGCCUGAGAGUCUGGCUCGUUAAUACGUUGGAGCAGUCAUCGCCUGAACGUGAUAGCAACGAGUCUCGUCGACCUAUUAAUACAAGAAAACCACCCUUGAACACGGUGGUCUAAAAACAGGAAGAUAACACAGAAGCCGAAGAUGGUAUCAGCCACGAAAUCCAACUUCCAUCGAUGUUGCAAAUCCGUGAGAAUGUCUGGCAUCGCUCACAGGAUCUUUUCUUGAGACCUAUCGCCGCGUCGAAGGACGGGAGAGGGUUGAUCAAUCGGACGAUCGGACGACGUGAAGCUUUUGUGAAUUUGGAUUUUUCUCUUUGUGACUCGAGAACGUUCUUUUAGAGGGAACUAUCGACUUCGACGGACGUGGAGUCCAAGGACUUAGAAGUUUGACAUUGUUUUUAGACAGGACACGUUCGUUGUUUCACGGUUUUUACGUAAAGUGACUGAAUUUCGUUGGUUCUUCUUUCCGGAGAGUGAUAUCGAAUGAAAAGAGGAAUCGAUAAGGAGGGAUAAUCGAAGGAAGAGAAGGAAAAAGAGAUUGUCAGUAAGUGUUGCUUGUGAAAAAAGUGGUGGGGAGGGGUUGAGAAAUUGACAGCUCGAGGGCACGAGGAACCAUGUUGGAAUUCUACCCUCCGCUUCCUAGUAGCUUGAACCGGCAGAGUGAGUCGGGCCCACCAACUAUGGGCUCCGCUGCACCACCGAUUCCCUUUCGACCUACCAACGACAAUAACAAUGCAGAGCCGUCAGUUUCAGUGAAAACGGAGUCCGGCCUGCUGGAGACGAUAUGUGCCGGUUGCGGUCGUACGAUAGUCGACAAGUACGUUAUGCAAGUUUCUGGAAGGAACUACCACGAGGAAUGUCUUUCGUGUGCCGCGUGUGCGACACCGCUUACGCAUUCAUGUUUCAUCCGUGAGCUAAAACUCUACUGUCGAAACGACUACGAGCGGAUCUUCGGUGUGAAGUGUGCACGUUGCAUGGAGAAGAUCAGCUGCUCGGAUUUCGUAUUAAGGGCGCCGGGUUUGGUGUUUCACGUGGAGUGUUUCGCGUGUUGCAUGUGCGGCCAACCAUUACUUCCUGGCACCCAGUAUUUCCUCCGCCAGGGACAACCCAUCUGUCGAAGGGACUACGAACACGAGUUGUACCUGAACAGUCCUCAAGACGAUGAUUUACUGGACGAAAAUCGGCCCCGCGAUGGUCGUCGGGGUCCCAAACGACCGCGGACGAUCCUCACGUCGGCGCAGAGGCGCCAGUUCAAAGCGGCGUUCGAGGUCUCACCGAAACCCUGUCGAAAGGUUCGAGAGGCCCUAGCUAAAGAGACGGGCCUCAGCGUGCGCGUGGUUCAAGUCUGGUUCCAGAACCAGCGGGCGAAGAUGAAGAAGUUGCAGAGGAAAGCGAAAACCGAGCCUGGAUCCGACAAGGAGCCGAAGGAGGAACGUCGAACGGAGAGUCCUCAUAGCGAUCACAGUCAUUACUUGAACGCCAUGAACAUGCGCGACGGGGAAUCUUCUAGCUUCCCCUCAAGCACCCAACCGCUCAACCCCAAUAACCCGUACUCGCCUGACGACGCUUAUCCAGGCCACUCAGGCGAGAGCUUCUGCAGCAGCGAUCUAUCGUUGGAUGGUACGGAGGCUGGCUUCGACAUAGGCGAGAACGAGGGUGGCGGCGGCCAGGAGGGUGGCCAUCAGGCUGGUAGCCACUCCCACCACGGGCCAACGUCCCACGAGGCGCCCCCGUUGUCCCAGAGUUUACACGCGACGAUUCACAAUCCCAUCGACAAACUUUUUAUGAUGCAGAGUAGUUACUUCAGUGGUGACCACGCGUAAUCCGCGAAAAAAAAAGAAGAAAAACGGAGAAGACGAGGAAAAAGGAUGGAAAAGAAGAAAUGAAACGAUGUUCUGCUCUUUUUCUCGCGACUGGUUCUCUCCUGCCUCGUCGACAUAGCUGGCACCUGUGCGAUGUGUCCUUCUUGUCUUCUGGUUCGCCAAUCGAAGUAAACGGAGAACGCCGUACAGUAUCGUUCUCUGACAGUCAUUAUUUUCUUCCUCUUGUUUACUUAUUUAUUGUUUAUAAUUGCCUUUUUAAAUUAUUUGUUCAACGCAGUAUUUAUUUCAUUCAUUUAUUUAAAUAUCGUCGGAAGUUUAGCUUUAUUGGUAUAUUUUAAUUAGGUUGUUUUCUCUGUCUAAUUUUUUAUCUUACAAUGCUAUAUCAUCAUAUUCGUUGGAUAGUAUAGUAUAGACAUUUAAUUUAUUGGGAUUUAUCAAUUCUUGUCUAUUCCUUAUUGUUCCUAUUCAACUUCUAAUCUUUCUACCUUUAGAAUUGAGAAGAUUUUUCUAUUUUUCAGUAGUUGGACUUUUUAAUCGUUUCUUUAUUUCUGUUUUCGAUAGGGUUUAUUAUUUUUACUUCUGUUCCGCGUUCCAUUUAUUAAAUUUCAUUUAUGCUUUCAUUGUUUCAUUCUUGAAAGAUUAAAUAUUUUGCUUCUCUUUUUGUUGCUUGCAUUUUAAUUUCUUCAACGAUAUUCGUAUUUUCGCAAAGAAGAGAAUUGUACAGAAUAUUCGAUAUUUUCAGAUUACAAAUUUCUGAAUUUCUUUUUAAAUUUCCAAGCAUGUCUGCAUUCUGAAAAUCAACUUAUCUUGUUAUAUUAACCUCUUUCCCUAUUUUCUUUUUUUUUUUUUCGACAAUUGGAAGAAAAUACUGUACGGCAGAUUUUCCUUUAUCAUCGCUGCACGAUUAUCGUUCUCAGUGCUACCAUUUAAUUAAGAUGAUUCUCGUGGUGAGGACAUUGAAGCGUAAGGAAUAUCGCAAUUCGAUUUAAUAUUAAACGAUGACGAUGUACCCCUCGGUUUCCAGCGAAAUUAUACAAAUCUAAAUUAUAUAAAUCUAAACAUCGACGUACGUUCGUUCCUCAUUGCUGCCUCGGCAGAUUGUUGUUAACAAACGUGAUUCGUCGAUUCCGAAUUGAGAUUUUUCUAUGUCGGCGUUUUUUUGCAAUGUGUCAAAGUAAUUCCGUUGACCCUCUCUGAAUAAAAUGAAACAAAAAAAAAACAUUUAGGCAUUUAAAUUAAAUCUUGAACUAUCCAAUGUUUGGAUAUUUUAAUGGAUUAAUGUUCGAGGAAUAUUAAACAAUUAGUUGAAAUAUUCGAGAAAUUCAUAAUGAAAUUUAAGAAAAGAUUUAAACGAAUGAAUUAAUUAGUAGGAAUUAAGACGAUAAUAACAUUAAGUAAUGAAACUUGUCGUUAAUUGUGGAAAGAUUUCAGUACGCGUAAUGAUCAAUUUCUGAAAUAAAUUUUACAAAUUAUUUGACUGCACUCUAUUUUAAAGAAGAAGAAAUAUAGUAAGAAAGGUAAAAUAUUUCUCGAUUUUUAAAAAGUAGGAAGAAUAUGACACAUGUUUAUAUGAAUUAAAAUUGAUUCAGAAAGGGUCGACUUGCAGAUCGUAGCAUUGCAGUAUGAGUUACAAGAAAAUUAAUAGCCGAACUAUUAGGUUCGACAAGAACCAUUUACUAGGAAUCAUGUGAAUUAGUUAAAAUUACAAUACAUUGUAUAAAAAAGAAAAGGUGUUUUCUUGGCUAAACAAUCAUUGCUUUAUAUCCUCUUUUCAUCUUUUUUCUUAUUUUUCACCAGUCGUAUGAUAACGACGAUUAUAUUAAAAAGUUCGAUAUCCAUUCAAUUGGGUAUAUUAGGUUAUAAGUUUAUUCAUUUGAUAAUUAUUACAAUAAAUCGAUAAAGCAAUUUAUUGUAGCUGUUAGAAAUAAUCGAAGUGAUAGAGAAAGAAGAAAAAUAUGAAGACAGAAUUUUACAAUAUUUUAUAUGACAAAUUAUGUCGUUAAACAUCAAACAUCAUUAAAUAAUUAUUAAUUGAUGCAAGAGUAAGGAUUAUUAGUUACUAAGUAUGUUUGAGAGAAAUGAACAUCGAGUCUCUGUUUGAAUAAUAAAUGUUUAAUUUUCCUUUACGGUCCGGAAUAUUUAAAUAUUAUUUUAAAUGAACUUAAAAGUAAUUAGUUAUAAGAAGUUUAUUUGUUGUAAUAGCUAAUAGUUAAAACCACUUAUUUCAAAAAGAUUUGGAAGAUUUAUGUUUAUACAUAUAUUCUUCAGAUUUUCUUGAUUACCGUUUAUAUACACAUUUAAUUAGAAAAUUCUUAAGGGUUAAUUAGGUAUUUCUUCAGUUCUUUUUUAUUCAUUUAUGUAUCUAAACAAUUUAUGUAUUUCUUUUGGCUAAAAAAUACUUUUUGUUCGAAAUGAAAACUUUCAUAAAUCUCACUACAUCUAUCAAAAGUUCUUAACAAUAAAAAAAUCUAUAUUAAUGUUUCUUUUGUCCAAGCUAAAAAAGAUUUUACUAUACCCAAGAUACAUAAUAAUCUUUUCAGCAAAAAUUACUAUUAAAGUUUUAAAAUAUAUCUAAUCAUACACACGUAUCUCGAAGGUCGCAGGAGAAAGGCUCGAAAUAAGUCAGACAGGCCGGGUAAGAAUAGAGAGUUUAUUAUAUCAGAAAUAUAGUGACCAAAAACAAACAAAAAAAGAAAACUUCAGAUUUAAAAUAUACGCGAAAAAUGCAGAUCUUUUAAGAAAAAAUCUUUAGAAACAUACAACUCUUGACGAUCGUUUCCUGACUUAAAAGUCGGCGCAGUCGACAAAUAACGAUUAAAAACGCUUCGUAGACGCGAAGUUAAUUGCACCAAUCGUUACCGUAAUCGUGAGAAAUCCAUAAGUACGAUUUUCGAUUUUCAUUUUUGCCCUUCGAAAAUUUUCAACAGGAACCAUUAACAAUAUACGUAUUAUAAUACACGUCUAAUGCAACGAGCAAUAUCGCCUUUGCAAUUCUUUCUCAGUUUACUACAGUUCUCAUUCCAACGUGCAACUCUAUAUACUAUAAUAUCAUUAUUCCUAACCAUUCAAUAUUUAAUUAACAUAUGAUUAUUAACAACGAUAUUACAACAUUUAUUUAUUACGAAAUACUUAACAAAGCAAAGAACGUUAAAAUGCUACUGAAAUGAGAGGGAAGUAUUUCUAACCUCUUCGGUAUGAUAGUCAUUUUAGUACAAUUACUUUUUUGUAACACGUGUUUUUUUAAUAAAACAUAAUUGUUCUGUGUAGAGUUUUCUAUUUGUUUUGAAUAAAUAGAAAAAUAUAUUAAAAACAGGAAUAAUGCAAAAGAAAAUAUUAUCUUACUCAUAUAAUUAUGACACUAUAGACGAGGUUAGUCAUAUUAUUGUCACUAUAUAAGUAUGAUUAUAUCUGAUAGCUAAAGUCAACGAUCGCACCGAAGAGGUUAAUAUCAGACUGUUGCAUAACAAAUAAAUGUCACUUUACCUUGAACUCUUAUUUCGGCUAUUUCGAAAUCAUAAAACAUUCAACAACUGUUUUUGUGUACGUAUUACCUUGUUCAAAUGACUUCAGUCUGCUUUCUUCCACUGGUUUGACGAUAUUUUUAAAAUAAUUCAUUUUAGUGUUUUCAAGAGUACAGUAUGCAGUACAAAGAUAUGAAUUUGUUUAAAUUAUCUUGAAACAUCAUUCACUAUGCAACAACCUAAUAGUAAAAGAAUAUUUAAUAUUUUUCUAUUCUUUAUAAUUAAAUAAUUGAAAAGAAUCUUUAAUAAUAAUACUUAAAAAAACGUUUAAUACCAGCAACAGUGUCAUCUGUAACAGUUUCAUCGAUCAACGAUAUUGCCCAGAGUAAUCGAAGAAAACGAAUCGAUAGUAGCUACCAUCGACAAUGGCGGAUCGAGAGGUGAGCGAUAGGGGCGUCCCCUAAGAGUAAUAAAAUGUAAGAAUAUUGUGUCAGAUUCUGAAAAUUUGUUAAGUAUACAAUUAAUGUAAAUUUAGUUAUUUAGUUUAUAGUAUCAGAUAGAGAUAUUAACAUAUAAAUUACAAACAGAUCUUAAACCUUGCAAAAGAAGAUUCAAAAAUAUACUCGUGUACUUUUAAGCAAUCCCUUCCCCCAGAAAAGUUUUUAGAUCCGCCACUGACGAUCGAUUAAUAUCGAAAAGAAGCAAACCGAGCGAAAUUUCGUUUUCGGUAAGCGUCCCAGAGGCGGCGAACGAAAAUCGAACGGAAGGUCGUAAAUACGAUUGUGCGAUCGUCGAUUGUAUGUAGCCCCGUCGAAAGCGCGAAGGAGUGGAGAGGAUGAUUCGAGCGAAUCCGUGUGGCGUCGGGACUUUUCGUGUCGGUCCCGCGUGAAUGUCGAACGAGAUGUCGUUUCUCGCGGAUCGUUCAACGAGGAGGUCGUGACCGGUCUUUCAAUUUCACUCAUGUGUUAUUUAACGUGUCAUUGUGUGUGUAUGUCAUCACGACGCGCGAUGACCCGAGCUAGUUCCCGGCAGUGACGGUGGUACAGAAGUAGCGGUGCGUCUCGUUUUCACGGUACGUUUGUUCAUUAUUAAACUUUGAUCUUUGAUUCAGCCUGCUUGGUUCGCAGCCGCAAGUAUCAUGCAUUAUACAAACGCCACGAACGAAUAGAAAAUAAGGCAUUAACGAUGAGCUACGGUUUUCAUUGCUGGCGUCAGCCGGCUUAUAGGUUAGACCUUCCUUCUUUUAUUUAUUAUUGUUGGCCGUUUGUGUCUCGUUGUUUUUCUUCGUCCUAGCGUACGAUCAUGGCACACAAGUGAUUCAAACGUUGACAGGAUUCUCUGUCUCUAUAUUUCUGUAGAAUAAUUAGAUUGCGAAUUUUUAUGUAAUUUCAUAUAUUUAUAAAGAGAACUAAAGAAGCUCAAGGCAUGGCAAUUUGUUCGUCCACUGAAAAUUAUGACGCGUACUCAAAUUUGAAUACUUUAUGUAUAUUACAUGCAUUCUGCGAAUUUCUCCAUUUAAAAUUUAUCAUAAAUGCAUAAAAAUCCGCAAUCUAACGCAAUUUGCGUGUAAAAUCUUAUUCUCAGUUAUCGCUCAACAAUUACUUAACCUUCUUUUUUGUUUGAAGAGAGUACAUAAUUGUUUAUGGUUGGGCAAAUUCGAGAUGAUUAGAAUUUGCUAGUUUUUGGCUCGGAUUGGAGAUAAUCGAUUCGUGUAGUCGAUAUAGGUUAGUUAAACUUUGCUUUCACCGUGGAGAAAGAUCAUUAUUUCACACGUGGUUUCAGACAUGGUAUUACUAUCACUUUUCUCAUCACAAAGAAAGUUUGUUUGAAUCUCUACAUAUAUGUUCAUAUGAUGUCGAUCCUUAGGAAGAGCAAGAUACGAUAUCAUAGUUUAACUACCUAUUUUACACCCUGUUUAUAUAACAGAUUAUUAUAAAAUGAUAUAAAAUGGAAACUUUUCUUCGUAAUCAAUAAUUAUAAGUCUUAUAGUCGUAAUUAUAAAUACCAUUAUUUCCAACAAAAAUGUUUCUCUGGCCUAGAUCGUAUAGUCGAUAAAGGUAUAGGAUUCCUCACUUUAUAGUCGUGACUGUAAAUUAUUUUAUAUAAAAAAUUAAAUUUUUUGGCUCGGUUGACAUAGACUUCGUGACUAUACCAGUCUUUCUCCUAUUUUCAACUUUGUCAACUUAAAACUCCUUUCGGUUAAAAAUACGAAUUUCGAUAAUGCCUAUAGUCAGUGACUACACACUGUUUUCCUGAUUUUUAGUUACCAGCAUCCUCCUAAGUAAUAUCAACUCAAGUUCGUAUGUUUUUUCUCGCCAAUGUGUGUAAUCAAUGACUAUACGUUACUUUCUCGAUAUUUAUAGUCACUUCUUCGGUAAUACUAGUACUAAUUCUUGCACGUUUUCCCAAUCUUGUGCUUUCUCAAAUGAGAGAUAUAAGGAAUCCAAUUUUUUCGUCAACAUUUGAAUCACAUUCGAAUGAACGUAAGUACUCGUAUCAUCGAGAACGAAAGAAAAGCUCUUGAACGAAAUACAAAAACAUAUCUCGGUUUCGUGGUUGAAGAACAAUUAACACCCGUAUGUACGUUUGUAAACUCGUUCAACGACGACAAUCAACAAUUCGGUAGAAAUGCAACGUCCGUUCCUCUAUAAAAUCUUCGAUCACAGGUUUUCGUUUAUCGCGACGGUUCUUCCACAUUUUUUUUUAUAAUUUUCCUAUUUUUUUUUUUUUUUUGUUUCUUUUUCCUCCGAAGAGCGCUCUAUGUUCAGUGUUAGGCAUCGUAUGAUUCUA